AUGAUUGCAACCUCUUUGCUCACUCUUGGCUGUCACUCUAUUCCUCACACUAGGGGCCAUGAAGAAGCAGUUGUGUCAGAGUCACUACACACCCUCAAAGUCGUUACCCUGGCCCAGAUUCUCCUCGCUGGCAACACUGAAACUUGUAAUCCCACUGCUGCAUCUUGUAAUCCUACUGCUGUAACUUGUAAUCCCACUGCUGCAGCUUGUAAUCCCCUUGCUGCAACUUGUAAUCCUACUGCUGUAACUUGUAAUCCCACUGCUGCAGCUUGUAAUCCUAUUGCUGUAACUUGUAAUCCCACUGCUGCAACUUGUAAUCCCACUGCUGCAAUUUGUAAUCCUACUGCUGUAACUUGUAAUCCUACUGCUGUAACUUGUAAUCCCACUGCUGUAACUUGUAAUCCCACUGCUGUAACUUGUAAUCCUACUGCUGUAACUUGUAAUCCCACUGCUGUAACUUGUAAUCCCUCUGCUGCAACGUGUAAUCCCACUGCUGCAGCUUGUAAUCUCACUGCUGUAACUUGUAAUCCUACUGCUGUAACUUGUAAUACCACUGCUGCAGCUUGUAAUCCUAUUGCUGUAACUUGUAAUCCCACUGCUGUAACUUGUAAUCCCUCUGCUGCAACGUGUAAUCCCACUGCUGCAACUUGUAAUCCCACUGCUGUAACUUGUAAUCCCACUGCUGCAGCUUGUAAUCCCACUGCUGUAACUUGUAAUCCCACUGCUGCAACUUGUAAUCUCACUGCUGUAACUUGUAAUCCCUCUGCUGCAACUUGUAAUCCCACUGCUGCAACUUGUAAUCCCACUGCUGCAACUUGUAAUCCCUCUGCUGUAACGUGUAAUCCCACUGCUGCAACUUGUAAUCCCUCUGCUGCAACGUGUAAUCCCACUGCUGCAACUUGUAAUCCCACUCUUCACCCUCAACCCUCGAGGAUGACUUGA